AUGGCCAAGGGCGUGGUGGUGAUGGUGGAGAAGGAUACUCUCAUUAAACCCACCGCCAACAACGCCGCGCCCCUCGCCUGCGAUUCCCUGGUGGCGGGGCGGCUGGGGCUGGAGGGCGUGGCGGUGGAGAACGGCGUGGAGCUGACGAAGGAGACGCAGGACGUGUUCAGGGACUCUGGCACGGGCUCCCACAACACGCCUUCCACCACGGACUCCGGCACCGCUAACUGCAACAUGGCUCUACCUGAGGAGGCCGCUGAGGUGCCCAUCCCGGUGUUCACGUCCCAGCAGUACCGCAUGUGUCCCGUGGAGGAGCUGAAUGACCACGCCAGGCUUAAGCGCAUCACUUCCUCUGCCUCCGCCCGCGCCGCCCCCUCCUCCAGGCCCGCCAGAAACACCUACGACGCCCCAGACCCCGCCUCUGAUAACUGGGCGUCGUGGACGGGCACGCAGGGGCGCCGCCACUCCUGGUGCUGCCCUCAGGACGGCUCAGAGGGGAAGCAGUACCGCACACAGAGCACCCAGACCUUCAAACCAGACGCCCCCUCAGUACCGCACACGCACCACCACCAUCACCACCACCACCUGCACCCACACUACCAGUACGGACACAGCCAGCACGGACAGUACCUGGCGCCGCCCUACCACCCCUACUCCUCCCCCCAGGACCCGCGUCGUCUGUACCCCAACCAGUGCUCCGAUGUUGGGGAUGACUCCGUGUUCACAGUUGGGGAGGCAGCAACGCGCCUGAUGGAUGGGGAGGGGGAUGAGGGCAGGGAGAUCAUGAAGGGGCGCUGCAGUUCGGCGGAUGCGCGGCAGAGGAGCAGUUAGGGCAGGUGGAAGGGGCGGCUGGGGGAGGCUAAGGAGGGAUGGAUACAUUCUACUGAAGGAGGGAGGAAUGAAGAGGGUUUCGCAAGGUGAGGAGUCAGUUAGAGUGAUGAUAUUGGACGUAGAUGACCCUAGUGACGCAGUUAAGGGAGUAAUGCUGGUGGAUGCACGUGAUAGGCUGAAGGAUUACGAGGAGGGAAGUUGAAAAGACGAAUGUAACAGUGAUCAGGGAAAACCUUCAUACAACUGACUGCAAAUGAAGUGGAGAGUGUACAGAGUGUGCUUAAAGAAAAGACUUAAGUGACAAUAUAUUCCCAAGUUGCAAGAGGAAGAAAAAAAAACUUAUACAAAAAAAAACUGAAAAGGCAAAGCAGAAAAUAGAAAAAUACAGUGCAUUUACGAGAACUUUGAGGACAAGAGAAUGGAAAAAAAUAUAUAUAUAUAACUAUGAAGGUGAAGGAAACAACCAGAACCUUACAGUGUGACCUAAAAACCACUAAAGAAAACGUAUUUUGUCAUCGCCAAACGAAAGAAAAUCAGUGCAUCCUGUCAGCAGAGGACUGGUUACCGACUGACUUAACGGGCCGCAACAACGUGGUCAUAUGGCGCCGCUGCAAAGAAAUGAGCGGCGCGUGAACGUGUAUCUGACAUGAAAAGUGCAGAGAGAGAGAGAGAGAGAGAGAGAGAGAGCGAGAGUGUAUAGACAAAUGAAGUGAAGUGAUACCAUGACACUUAUUAGCAACAUGAACACCCUCACUUCCCACCUGUCUGCUCUGGAAAGGAAAAUAAAUAAACUAUGAAUAAACUAACUUACAUAUAAGUGUGUGCGUGUAUGACUGUACGUAAAUCGAACACACACACACAUGCUGAACAGACGCAAAAAGAAAAAAAAAAAAAACGCACAUGACCUAUAUCACUAUGUGCACACAAGUCUAUUAUGUGUAAAAAAUGUAUGCAUGUAUGUAUGUAUGUAUGUAAGUGUAUAAGCAGAGGGUGUACGUACUUAUAAACUGAAGUGUACAAAUUUACGUGUUUAAGAUACAGUAGUUCACAUAGACAUAACAAAAUAAACACAACUAUUUCAUGGGAGUGACAGUUUUAAAAUUUUCACUUAUCUUCAAUGUACUGUCGUGAAGAGCCAGGGAAAGUUGAAAUACCUGUUUGUUAAGACUGAUUUUGGUCUUGAGAGAGAGAGAGAGAGAGAGAGAGAGAGAGAGAGAGAGAGAGAGAGAGAGAGAGAGAGAGAGAGAGAGAGAGAGAGAGAGAGAGAGAGAGAGAGAGACUAAAGGAGGAAGAAGAAACAAAAUAAAGGUAAGGAUAAAAAUGGAUUAGACGAGGAAGGGAGGAAAGAAAGAAAGGAAAAAAGGGAAUAAAAGGGAAACAGGUGUGAAAACAAAGCCAGGUGAGAGGAAACAAUUAUGUGAGGGAAGGAGAGAGGGAAGUGAGAGGAGAGGGAGAGAGGGAGAGGGAACUGGAUUGCCAAAGAAGAGAGAAGGAAAGAGAAGAGGAAAAAAAAUUAACAAGAUCCUCAAAAAAAAAAAAAAAAAAAAAAUCUCUGGAUACUGAAAAUAAAAGAAAAACUAAUAUUUCCAGGAAGUUCUCAAUAUUUAAAUCCCUGUCCUUAAAUUUACGACGGAGGGAAAAUAGAUGAAAAGACUUAGGGUUUUUCAUUUUCCGUUUUCAUUUUUUUUUCUAGGGGGGUCUCUCUUAAGUUUAUUUCAUGACGUUGUUGUUGUUGUUGUUGUUGUUAUCAUUAUUAUCAUCAUUAUCAUUAUUGUCAUUAUCAAAAUGUGUUCUUUACUAAUAUUAAGCCCCAAAUAAAAGUAAAUUAGUAAAUAGAGAAGUAAAUAAAUAAAGAAAUAGAUACACUAUAUGAAAAACCUAACGAUUAAAUAAAUAAAUAAAUAAAUAAAUAAAUAUAACGAAAUAAAGAAUAAUAAAAAAAAAGUUUGCGUCCCUUUCAUUUAUAAUUGUAGUGUUUUUUUCUUUCCUUAUAAGUUUAUUUUCUUAUUUCUUUUCAUUUAUUUUAUUUUUAACUAUAUUGAUGAUUAUUUAAUAUUUAUUUCUAUUAUUGUUUUUCACUUAUUUUCACUUAUCUAUCUACCUAUCUAUUUACUUUCUUCCUUUAUUUAUUUACCUAUCUAUUUAUUCAUUUAUUAUUUCUUUUAUUUAUCUUAUUUUAUCUAUAUUUAUUUAUUUAUUUGUUUAUUUAUUUAUUUAUUUUAUUUAUUUAUUUAUUUAUUUAUUUUUUUUGAGGGAGACAGGGAUGGGGAAAGAAGGGAUUAGCAUACCGAACAAUAUCACAUCACUUAUGACACCUUUAAAACUUCCUGCUCCAUCAAGUGCCUCGGUUCUCCCAUUUCCACGGUUCUGAAACAGUGCCUCGGAUUUACCAAGUCCCUAACCAAUCAGGUGCUCCGGUUACGAUUCUGUGUUGCGGUUCUGUACGUUUCUGCGUCAUAUCCCCGGUCCUGCAGCGUCGCGGUUCUAUUAUGCUGUGUUCCGGUUGUGCAGUUACGGUUCUAUCAGUUUUCCGGUUCUGCAAUGUUAUGGUUCUUAAGGAUUUCCGGUCCUGGAGGUGGUCUGAAUAUCUACGUGGUUCUGCUGGGGUGCUAGUUUCAGCCAAAGAGUGUGGUUCAAAUAGUGACUCAUGGUUCUGCAUUAAUAUAUCAGGUUCUAGUUAAUUAUUCCUAUUUGGUGAUAAGUUUCGUUUCUAGUACUCUCGGUUCUAUCAGACAAACGGUCCCAUCUCUAUAGUACAUCAUAGUUAAGCAAAUACGUCCGGUUCUACUUAAAAAAUCAUGUUUAAGAACGUAACUUUCGGUUCUCAAGAGAAUUAUAUAGUUCACAAUUCUAAAUACCCUCUAUGCAAAAAAAAUAAUCGGUUCUACUUAUGAUUUCGGUUCUACAGCAUCCCGAUUCUAUAAAAAUACGGUUCUUUUUUUCAUGAUUUCACUUCCAUAGUAUUCAGAUUCCACAAAAGGUGAUUAAAUAAAAAAAAAUGCAAAAAGAAAAAAAAACACUAAAAAUUCCGGUGGUUCUACAACGGUGCUCGACUCGCCUUGACACGUGUGGUGCUUUAAAAGGCUCCAGUCCAUUUGUAAGAGACAGUGUGUGGCAAGAAGAUUCCAAUCCUGCCCUUUAUUCAGAUAGUCUUAAUACAGAGGAGGAGUUUUCGUCGAAGUAUUUAAGGAGAGAAAAAAAAUAAAUAAAAAAGUAAAAAAACAAACACAUUUACACACAAGAAGCCGACCAAAGCUUUAGCUAUGUACAUAAACUCUGAAAUACGAACUUUGUAUGUAAAUAUAUAUCAUUUGUUUGCUAUAUUGUACGUAGUGUCUAAGUGAUUGUUUUAUUACUACUACUAUUACCACUAUUACUACUACUACUACUACUACAUGUAUCCAUUUCUGUGUGUGUGUGUGUGUGUAUGUGUGUGUAUGUGUGCGUGUGUGUGUGUUUCUCCAUGCAUGUAAAGGAAUAAAAUGUUGAAAAAAAAGAAGGAAAAA